AUGUUGGAAAUCCCCUCACAAAUAACACAAUUCAGCUCAAAAGUACUUCCUGUAAUUAUGUUGGCGUGGAAGGCAAAGAUGAUUGUUAAGGAAACAAUCGAAUUUAUUGAGCAAAAGCAAUAUUCAGAUGAUGAAGAAAAUACAGACGAUCAACUUCAAAAUUUACAAAACAGUUGUGAAUUUUCUCCUCCACGGAAAAAAAUAAAUCAAGUG